AUGCGUGCGGCAGUGUGCACGGUGCAGCAGGCACCCGUCGCGGGAGCCGCCCUACGAUGCCAAGCACGACUCAUCACGCGCCUCUACACCUCUUAUUACAAAGGGGAGUUGUUCCCCAAUCAGCUGGUGCGGCCGCUGGAGCGGUUGCCACGCGGCGUCUCCAUCGCUGCUGCGCGCAAGGGUAUGCAGACGGCAGCGCCGAGCAGCUCGGGGUCUGGCAACGCUGCCGCGGCUGCGUCACCAGAGGUGGUUACCUGGGAGGAUGUGGACAGCACGGAUCUUGUGCAUACAAAUGAGCAAAGUCGUGUCGUAAUGGCUGAGGCAAGCCUCGCCCCGAGGCGUCCGUAUGUUCCGCUUAGCGAGGUGGCAAAAAUGGAGCUGCAAGGUGACUACCUCACAGAAGGUGGCCUGCAUCAAGAGGCCUUAGAAUACUACGGGGUUGUAGCCAAGGCGUAUGAGCUGGCCUAUUCUAAAGGACAUCCGCAGGUGGCUGGCAUCCGCCUCAAACUGGCCGGUGCCUUUCGUCGAACACGACGGUUAACCAGCAGCAAGGCCAACUGUGAAGCGGCGCUGCAGAUGCUUGACAGUACUGACCAACCGCCGCUGGAGCUGAUUGUAGAAGCGCUAUUUGAGCUCGGUCUCACCACGGAGGCAAUGAAUGACGCUUCCGCAGGCACCAUCUUCGAGGAGGCCGUCACCCUCGUUGACACCUUCCACAACUCGGGCCAGUCGCACAAGAUGCUGCGCCUACUCCCCCGACUUGGUCGCCGCUUCAACCUCAACUUCGAGGAGAAGUUCUUGUAUUUCUCGCCAUUUGAUUACGAUCGCGUCUUCGCACUGGCAGACCAGUGCCUGGAGAAAGCCGAGGCCUUCUAUCAGGCGCGCAACGACCGCGCGGGCGUGAUGCGGGUUCUGCAGCAGCGUAAAGAACUCAUCGACAAGAAGUUCUUCAACAUGCGGGACUUUGCCGGCCGCAUUCACACGAUGCGCGGCCAUUGGAAGCGCCGCGCGCAGGUGCUCACAAACGCACCGACGCCGGACGAGCUGCUUCGGUACUCGCCAACGAUUCACCAGGUGCAUCGCGACUUCAAGUACGAACUCAACGCACCAAUUGGUCGUGAGAAGGAGGUGCAACCCGGCGUGAACCGCGUGGUGCAGGACAUGGGUAAUCCGUACCGUUGCCGUGGUGUCCACUCCCAGCGCAUGCUUCGUGAUGCAGAGAAGAAUUUUGAGAAGUAUGUGCGAGGCGACGCAUUCGGGGCGUAG